CAGGGGAGGAAACCUCUUGUCAAGUUUCUCUCUGACCCUCAGAGCAUCAGCAUUUUCACAGAUCCGCUUCUUCAUUGUUUCCCUCCUACACUGGGCUCUCAGAUAACUGUGUCGAUGGCAGUCAUUCUUCUGAAUAACUGAUUUUCAUCAUCAUCACCACUCUCUGUAUUGCGUAACGCAUGGACACUGACAGUGCGCACACUUGUCAUUUAGAAAUUAAGAUUAUUCAAAUCCUUUUUUUCUCUUUUUAGUAUAUUUACGUUCUUUUUCAAGGAUGCUCGUCCUAACUUGGAAUAGAUGCUGUGUUGUGGUGUUUCUCGUCGCUUCACUGAAGACGGGGACAUCCCAGGUAUCAGAGGCGCGUCCAAAGGCGAACUUAAUCAAGCCAGCUCUGUCGGAAGAGUCACCUACACCGGCUACAAACCGCACUGCUCACAUCGGGAUCACCAAGAAACACAACGUCCUUGCACAGCAGGUGUACCCAUGCAGCAACGAUAAGGAGUGCAGCGUGGGGAGCUACUGCCACAGCCCUCAGCAGUCUCCCCCCCGCUGCCUCAACUGCCGCAGGAGGAAGAAGCGCUGCCAUCGAGACGCCAUGUGCUGUCCUGGGAACCGCUGCAGUAACUUUAUUUGUGUGCCUAUCUCCGAGAGCGUUCUCUCACCUCACAUCUCAGCUUUAGACGAGCAUAACAAACUCUCCACCAAAGACCAGAGCUGGAGGAAGAAUGGAAAUCCGCACACUAAGCACUCUCUCAAAGGACACGAGGGCGACCCUUGCCUGCGUUCCUCCGACUGCUCGGAGGGCUACUGCUGCGCCCGCCAUUUCUGGACCAAAAUCUGCAAGCCGGUGCUGAGGCAGGGGGAGGUCUGCACCAAGCAGAGGAAGAAAGGCUCUCACGGCCUGGAGAUCUUCCAGCGCUGCGACUGUGCCAAGGGCCUUUCCUGCAAGGUGUGGAAAGACGCCACCUCAUCAUCCAAGUCCAGGCUCCACAUGUGCCAGAAGAUCUGAA